CGGCAACAGCUCCGGUGAUGACGCAGCAGUUUGAUGUCGCAAGCAACAACCAUUGAAUUCAGCAUGCAAGACUCGGAAUUCGACCCGAAAAGACGGGGUUCCACCGAUGGUUACCGGCGGUCAGAACGGCAACGCGAAGCUUCAGUGGCGACAAGGCAGCAACGGACGGCGGCGCAACAGCCACCCAAACGCGACGACGGCGAGCCCAGCCACUCGACGACCACGGCAACACCGCAACACUCCAAUGGCGGCGGCAAGGACGGGUUCGAUGACAGAGAUCCGACGAAGCUGGCAAGCAACGGGCUUCCUCCACACUUGCGGGCACGACGGCGGCGAUUCGCAAUGAUGGCGACGGCGGUGGCGACGGCAAGACGCGAGGCAGCUCCUCCCCCUCAACCCCACGCUUCCCUUCCCUCUCUUCUGGCCUAACAGCAACGGCGACGGCGGCACCCA